UUAAUGUUGAAACAUGAUUCUUUACACAUUAUUGUAUAUUUUAUACGUUUUUAUUAUGGUACACAGUAAUAUUGGUUUGAGGAUAGAAGAUUAUGAAGAGUACUUUAAGCAGAAACACAAGGAUUCCAACUGUGGUUUUGCAGAAGAGUAUGAGGAGUUGAAAACUGUUGGAACGGCACAGUCAAAAAACAUUGCCCUGGCUGUUGAAAACAAGCCAAAGAACCGUUACAGCAAUGUGCUACCUUAUGAUGCUUCAAGAGUGAAGUUAUCAGUGUGUGGCAGUCCCUUUGAUGAUUACAUCAACGCCAACUACAUCCCAGGCUAUAAUUCAAGAAAAGAGUUUAUAGCAGCUCAGGGUCCACUGCCCGUAACAGUGAAUGAAUUCUGGAGAAUGGUCUGGGAGAAGAAUGUCUUCACCAUAGUGAUGCUGACCAGAUGCAACGAGAUGGGACGAGUGAAAUGUGAAAAGUACUGGCCAUCUGGGACUAAUCAUUAUCAAAACAUCUCUGUGACAACCACCUCAGAGAUAGACCUGGAGAGCUGGACCAUAAGAGACUUCAGAAUCAAAAAUGUGAAAACAGCAGAAACUCGCUACGUACGUCAUUUUCACUUCAAGGCGUGGCCGGAUCAUGGAGUUCCACAGACUACUGAAGUCCUCAUUGACUUCAGACACCUGGUCAGAGAACACAUGAACCAGUACUCUCGCCACUCUCCAACUGUGGUACAUUGCAGUGCCGGUGUGGGAAGAACGGGUACCUUUAUUGCCAUUGACCACCUGAUUUUCCAGAUUGAAAGAGACAGCAUGGUGGACAUAUACAGAAUCGUUAAUGAUAUGCGCAUGCACAGGCCUCUUAUGGUGCAGACUGAGGAGCAAUAUGUUUUCGUCCACCAGUGUGCACAUGACAUAAUUCGAUCAAAUACAGGAACCAACAUCGACUUAACUUACCAGAACUCAGAAGCUCUCAGUAUCUAUGAGAAUGUAAAAUAUCAAAAAUAGUAAAUGCAGAUGGCCUUAAGAUAGCCCUUGUCCAACAAUCAGAGAAUUUUAAGACGGCAUAAAGCACAUUUUAAUUUUCACAUAUAAAUAUGUCCUUGUAAUUGUAAUUUAUUUCUUGUACAAUACUAUAAACUUUUGGUAAUAUUUUAAUUUGAACAAAUACAUUAAAAAAAUUACACUGUAAAAAUGCAGACAUUUUCUAUGAUAACAAUUUAAAAUAAACAGAAAGAAUAUGUAUUUAUGGUAAUUCAAUCAAGAGGUCUUUAUUUCAGAAUGUCCAAAAGAGAUAUUUGUAUAAUUUGGCAUUAUAUACUUACUGCAAUAUCACAAAUCUGACAAUUUUACUACUGAUAUGAUUGUAUAUGGAAUCCCACCUUUUAUAACAUUGUUUAUAUAUUCAAAGUUAUUUAGAAGAAUAUUGCCACACACACACAUUCUUUGCACCAUUUCCCUUAGUUGUCAUGGUUGUUAAUUGAUUUGUCAUUUAGUUCAGCUGUGUUCACCUCAUUAUCACCAGUACUUGUUCUCUUUGUUUCUGUUCAGUUUGUCCUGCCUUGUCAAUGUUAACCUGUGUUUCUGUU